AUGGCGUCGUACAUACAAGGCUAUGAUGAGGAGAGGUUUGCGACCACAGUCAAUCAAAAUUUUAUCUGUUUGAUUUGCUUCAACGUUUUAAGAGAGCCCGUCCUGUGUCCAAGAAACCAUCAUUGUUUCUGCCGUUCUUGUAUUACGAAACACCUCGAAAAUUUUCGAAGAUGCCCUACGUGUGCGGACGAACUGACUGUGGAGACUUUGGCCGAACCACCACGAAUGGUAAAAGAUUAUAUAAAUGAAUUAAACAUUCAUUGCAUUUACAUCGACAGAGGUUGUCAAGAGAUCUUACAAUUACAACGUCUUGAACACCACGAGCCUAAAUGUGGAUUUACACCAGUCGUUUGUACUAACCAAGGCUGUGGUGCAACUUUAAACCAGCGUGAUCUUAUUCACCAUCAGAGUGAAAUUUGCAAAUUUCGAAAGUUGAAGUGCCACUCGUGCGAAGAAAUGACAAAAACGUUGGCAGACAUGGAGGAAAGAAUGGCAAAUGUCGAGAAGAAUAUGGCGACAAAUAUUGAAAAAAUGAGAGCUGUCGUUACCAUGGAAACCCACAUGAAGAAUAUGCAGACGAGUAUGGUGACAAAUGCUGCGAAUAUGGAGACGCGAUUGGCCAAUGUCGAGAAGAAUAUGGCGACGAAUGUGGGAGCUGUGGUUACCAUGGAAACCCAUCUGAAAAAUAUGGAGAGAAACACUGCGGAUAUGGAAGGAAAGCUCGAAUCAGUAAAUAAUGAAGUGAGAGGAUUGAAAACAGCUUUGAUCGAAGGUUUUGAAGAAAUGGAAGAUGUUCUUGUCAAGAUGGAGGACAUUACGGAAGAAAACACAACAAAAGUAAGAAAUACAGCAAGUGGUGAUAACGAAAAUAUAAUUGUUGCUGGAGGUACAGUAGAUGGCUCUGUAGAGAUGUUUAACUGGCGUCAAAGAACAUGGUCGCCAUUAAAAUCCAUGCCAACCGAGCGUUUUGGAGCGACUUCAUUUGUUUACAACAAUCAUGUGACAAUUGCUGGAGGUUACUGUCCUGGCCGUGUCGGUGAUAUGAUUGGAAUGAAUAUCAACCCGAACCCUGAUCUCUCAAUGCAUUGGAGUUGCUGUCCUGUUGAACUGCCUACUAAGUUGACAUACCACAGCAGUGUGCUGUAUAAUGAUCACUUGAUAGUCACUGGUGGUCACAAUGCAAAUGCAAUAUCUGACUGUAUUCACGAAGUCCAGCUGGUGCCUCCAUAUACUGUGAGGACCUUGUCAAGAAUGCCUGAACCAAGACACGUUCACAGCAUGCAAUUAUUUGAUGAUAACUUGUUGAUCGUUGGUGGAAGUCCAACAGACAGACGGCGAGACAGCCUCAACAGUGUCGUACUGUAUGAUAUAAAGAAGAAUGAAUGUAAACAGUUGGAACCACUGCCGUAUGAAGUGAGUCAGAUGGCAACUGUGAGAUGGGGAGACAACAUUGUUAUUAUAGGCGGCGUUGACAAAUGUGCCAAUGCAUUAGAUACAGUUAUCAUUUACAAUGUCAAGACUGAACAAAGUCACAUGCUGCUGCCAAUGAGAUGUAAGAGAUGGGGAUGUGCUGCAGUUGUUAUUGGAAACAACAUUGUAGUACUGGGAGGUGUGGAUGAGUAUUCACGUUACUUAAAGUCAGCUGAAGCCUUCAACUUUGAAAGUUAUACUUGGCAAGAACUUCCAAAAAUGUCUAAGGGAAGAUAUUUUCACACUGCUGUUGUUGUGUGA